UCUCUCUCUCCUGUAGAGUAUGCCCAGGUGAUUAAGAUGUUGGGUAAUGGGAGGUUGGAAGCCAUGUGUUUUGACGGAGUGAAGCGGCUCUGCCACAUCCGAGGAAAACUCAGGAAAAAGGUCAUACACACACACUCACACACUGACACACAGAGGACACCCUGACUGAUGCUGACUCAAAGCUUUUUUCACUAUGGACUGUCAACUGUUACACUGUUACACUGUUACGGUCUGUAGUGGCUCUAAUGAAAUUAAUUAUAUUAACCAAACCUAUAGAUUGUUAUCCAUUCAUCUGAUUAAUUCCUCAUAAAAGCAUUCUUAUGAUGUGGUUUCUCUCCUCUCUUCUUUCAGGUGUGGAUUAACACGUCAGAUAUCGUCCUGGUGGGAUUGAGAGAUUACCAGGUAGAUGACCAGCAACAUACCACUGCUGUUGUUGUAGAGGGUGUCUGCAUUUUUGUCAAUAUCAUAAAAAGAGGUUUGGGUUUCUCUCUCUCCCCUAUAGGACAACAAAGCUGAUGUGAUCCUGAAGUACAAUGCAGACGAGGCCAGAAGUCUGAAGGCUUACGGAGAACUGCCAGAGCACGGUGAGUACCAGGAAGAGUAGCUGUCCCUACGGUAACAGCUAAUGGGGUUCGUAUAGUGGUCAUGUAGGAGAGGCGAUGAGGAAAGGAAGCUAGUUGAAAUGAUUGAGGCACACAGCCCAUGAUAACCACCGCUGACCUCUCUUUCUUGCCCAAUCCCUGGGUUUGUUUUCACUUUCUUGUUCUCUCUGACUCCUCCUCUUCCUGUGUCCUCCCUCUCUUAGCCAAGAUCAAUGAAACAGACACCUUUGGUCCCGGGGACGAUGAAGACAUCCAGUUCGAUGACAUCGCAGAUGAUGACGAGGACAUAGAUGAUGUAAGUGUUAAAUCUAUAUUUGUAUUGUUUUCUGGAAGAUUAAACUUAGAAGUGUGUUUUUAAUUCCGUCUCUUUCUGUUUUCUCCUUUCCCCUCUCUUUCUUCAGAUCUAAGGACCUUCUACCAGAGGGGAUGGUGCGAUUUUCCCCUCUGCGCCGAAAAUCAACACAUCCGAAAAUCAACACAGUACUUCUGUACCCCGCACACAUACACACCACAUUUCAAGGAGGUUGACCCUCCCACUUUCUCAUUGAUACCAUGACUGCAGCUGCUCACAAUCUCUUACGUUAUCUUUUUAAUGUAUUUAUAUCGAUUUCACACAGAGUGGAAAUUACUUACAAGUACAGAAUCUCUGGAUUUGCAAUAAAAAGAUAAACCAUUUUAUGUUUGGUCUUGCGGUCUGUAUCAUUGUAGUUGAAAGUUAACAUCACUCUUUAUAUUAGUUUAGAUAGGAUUUUUAUUGAUUACGAAACACUAAUUACUCCUGAAGUUGCCUCUGUAUCCUUUGGAAUGUUAAUUUGUUUAAUUCUAUAUUGUAUUCCGAAGAC